ACCCACUUUAGUCAUAUGACCGCAGUCACGUGAUCUGCCAUAAGCAGCUGGCUACAGCACAGACUGUGGUUUAUGUCAGAGGAAGUUGCAAAAAGAAUCGGAAAAUCAAAGCCAAAUGUGUGAAUAAUGCAGACACUGAGGACACUGUGCACGAAAUUUGACCAAUAACCAAGGUCACGCAACAUGGAUCGCCUAGCACUUUUGGAUCUACCACACUUUGAGAAAUUAUCAAUGUGACAUGCUGCUGGAAAACAUUAAUAAUCCUUUGUGGAAAAUGCGCUAGUGUGGAAGUUAUAAGGAGGACAUUUGAGUUCAUUGAGCCAGAACAAUGGAUGAGCGUUUGCUGAGUACAGCCUCUGCCCCGCGAUGCUGCUCCUUUAACACAGUGAAGCCAUGGCUGCCCAUCCUGACCUGGCUCCCAAAAUACAACCUCAAAUGGCUGCAGAUGGACGUGUUAGCGGGACUGACUGUGGGACUGACCACUGUUCCACAGGCUCUAGCCUACGCGGAUAUAGCAGGACUCCCAGUGCAGUUUGGCCUAUACUCUGCCUUCAUGGGGGGCUUCAUUUACAUGUUACUGGGGACGUCUAAAGACGUGACGCUGGGUCCAACAGCCAUCAUGUCCCUCCUGUGUUUCUCUGUGGUGGGAGGGGAGCCCCAUAGCGCCGUGCUGCUCAGUCUGCUGUGUGGGCUCAUCCAGGCGGCCAUGGCCCUACUCAGAUUAGGCUUCCUCCUAGAUUUCAUUUCAUAUCCAGUCAUAAAAGGAUUCACAUGUGCAGCAGCAAUUACAAUUGGCUUUGGCCAAGUCAAGAAUAUUUUGGGACUUCGUGGUGUGCCCUCUCAGUUUGUCCUGGAAGUUUAUUACACUUUUGCCAAACUCCCAGAAGCCAGAGUUGGUGAUGUGAUCCUGGGUCUGGUGUGCCUCACUUUUCUGAUCACUCUCACGUUUAUGAAGAGGACUCUGCCAGAGGACGCUGCUCCCACGAUCAGCAGAGCAGCCAGAAAAGUCAUUUGGACUAUUGCUACCAUGCGUAAUGCGCUGGUUGUAGUAGGUGCAUCAGUCGUGUCUUUUUCCUGGGAGGCUUACGGUUAUGAUGUUUUUACAAUCACUGGAAAAACUGCUCAGGGACUGCCCCCCUUCAGACCCCCUCCUACAUCUGACACCACCGCCAAUGGCACCAACGUCACUUUUGGAGAGAUGGUACAGGACUUUGGAGGAGGGCUUGCUGUCAUUCCAUUCAUGGGUUUGCUAGAGAGCAUUGCAAUUGCAAAAGCAUUUGGCAGUAAAAAUGGUUACAGAAUAGUAGCAAACCAGGAACUAUUGGCCAUCGGUUUAACGAACAUCAUGGGCUCCUUUGUGUCUGCCUACCCGGUCACUGGCAGCUUCGGCAGGACCGCUGUGAACUCUCAAACAGGAGUGUGCACACCAGCAGGGGGCAUCAUCACCAGUACAGUAGUGCUUCUCUCUCUGGCCUUUCUCAUGCCUGCCUUUUACUACAUCCCCAAAGCCUCUCUGGCCGCUGUGAUUAUUUGUGCUGUGACUCCUAUGGCCGACUACAAAAUUGUGAUGAAGAUGUGGAAGAUUUAUAAGCUUGACCUGCUUCCUUUUGGAGUAACUUUUUUUGUAAGUUUCUGGGAAGUGCAGUACGGCAUCAUUGCUGGUAUAGCAGUGUCUGGAGCCUUGCUGUUGUACAACUCAGCAAGACCUCAAAUAAAGAUGUUUGAUCAUGACACUUUAGUUCUGGAGCUAAGGAGUGGACUGAGUUUUCCUGCUUCGGAGUAUCUGAGCAACUUCAUAUACACGAAUGCCCUCCAAGCCUCUCCGCCUCGGUCGGUGGUGCUGGACUGCCAUCACGUCAGUGGGAUCGACUACACUGUGGUCAAUGAGCUCACAGACCUGCUCCGACAAUUCAAAGUGCUGGGGGUCCAACUGGUCUUUGCCAGAUUAGAGCCCUCAGUUUUGAAGGUGCUACUUGCUGCAGGUGUCCAGGACCUAAGAUACAGAGACAGUGUCGAAGAUGCACUUCAGGAGUCACAGAACCUUCACUCAGACUGACCAGAGCUUCACAGGUGAAGGCCACACGGAGGAGAGUAAAUGGGGACAUUUUUAUCUAUAUAACUUUACUGUGAUAAAACUCACACCACCUCCAACUUUGUACCAGGACAGAGAACUUUUUUUUUUACCUUUUUAACCACAUUUUUAUUAAGAAGAGACCAAAUGUUUUGUAAUUAUGCUUUUGUUUCUUUGUAAAACAUAUACAUUUAGAAUUGUGCUAUUUUUAUGAUGACACUAAUAAUUAAUUGUUGAAUGUUUUUGAUAAAUUAUGAUUUUAAAACAAAAUUAUAAAACAAAAUUUAAACACAAUUACAGAAUAAAUGUUUUAAAUUGAAUUAAUGUUGUGCUUGUGAGUCAUAAAAUUGCUUGACACAAUUAAUACAUAAUUUUAUUUUAAACAUUACAUAAUUAUUGUUAUUAACCAUGCUAAUCUACCAAAAAAAAAGAAAAGAAAAGAAAAAAGGUUAGUUAUUUUGUUCCAAACCUCCUUAAAUGGAGGAGGUUUUUGUCAGGAAGGGCAUCUGAGAACCUUUUAGCAUAAUCAGAAUAAGUUUUAUUGCCAUUGUCAGUGAACAGUGAAAUUCACUUGCUUCUGUGUAAUGGUGCAACAUUAAACAAAUAAUAAUAUGGUAAAAUAAAAUAAAAAUUAAUUAAUUAAAUUGUGUGUUUUAAGUGACACUAACUGGCGUUAUAAAGUGACAGGGGUAAUAGAGUAUUGCACCCUACUAGGCUGGGGACUGGCAUAAACCACAUUUAUAUAUUUUUUCCAACAAAUCUUUCACCUGACUUUACAUAAUAUUGGUUUUCAGAUAUUGUUUCCCAAGAAUAUGACAUCACAAUUUCUGAAUUUGCAAUUUUUUUAUAUUCAAGUUUCACAUUUA